AUGGUAACAACGACAGUAACUCAAAUCGAUCUUUCUCAUGAAGACUCACUUCAAGUGGUCUUACAUUUUUUGCAUGCACGUUUACCAGAAACACGUCAAGUAUGGUCCUUACUCCGUUAUAUUCAACAGAGUUUAGUCGAUCAAAAAUAUUUCUGGCCACAUCAAUUAUUUGUUGAUGAUCGAGAUCAUAUCAAAUGUGUUAUUUUCGUAUAUUCGACUGUUGGUUUUACAACCGAUCAUAGUCACUUAGAUGACGACAUGGUAGUAAGUUCAAGAAAUAUAACAUUUGUUGCUGACGAAGAAAACCAUGAAGUACUUCUAAAUUUACUUGAACAAUGUGUGCCAUGGUUCAAUAUAAAAACAAUCUUCUUUUGUGAUAUUGCUCAUCGAUUUUUGACAACUAUUGAAAAUAUCGUUCGAGAGAAAAAUCUUCUUGGUAAUUUAAAGAUAUUUUCUUGUUUACAAAUGGAAAUCGAUCAGAAAAAAUUAGAGGAGACUAAGAAACAACUUGUACAAGAGUUACGAUCAGACAUUGUCAUUCAACGUUUGUCAAUAGCUGAUGCAGCGUUGAUCGACGAAUUUUCUCUAUAUAAAUCGAAGUUUUCUCUCGCACAAAUUAAGUAUCAAAUUGAACAUCUUCCAACAUUUGGUGCAUAUUGUCAAGGACAAUUAGUGAGUUGGUGUUUGACACAAUUCGAUGGUUCUUUUGGAAUGGCAUUCACAAUACCAGAAUUUCGUCGACUCGGUCUGGCAACAUUGUUAAAUAUUCAAUUGGCUUCGGAGUUGUUUAAAAUGCAAGAACGUGUUUUCUGCUUUGUGAUACGGGAAAAUGAAGCUUCUUGUAAGAUGCUCAAAAAAUUGGGUUAUCACCAAACAUGUGCUGUUGACUGGAUUCAUUUAACAUCGAAAUAA